UUUUAUACUAGAAAGAUAAGUAGUUCUACACCUAAGAAGACCUCUACAAAAGAAAGAACUAGUUCUUGGAUUAGCAUCCAAGAGAGGAAUCGACCACUCCAUUAAAAGUUUUAGUUUUUAUUUUAUUUUAUUUUUUUGUUUUGUUUAGUUUUAUGUGUUUUGGGAGCCAAAGAGCCCACUCGAUUGAAGUUGCUCGUUUCUUUGGUUUGGAGAUCAUGGAAGAAGGUGGAUCAGUGGUGUCAGCCUUCCUUUUAGGAUUAUGUGAGAGGUUACAAGCCACUGUUGCAACAAGUGAGCUUCCAACUACCAUCAAGCAGGAACUCCAGAGAUUGUUAAAGGGUUUGCUAGCAAUUCAACGCUCCGUACUUGAAGCUGCUGAGGAGAAACCAUACAAAAAAAGCAAGGCAGUUGGAUCUUGGCUCUGUGAGCUCAAAGAUGUUGCUCUUGAUGCUGAUCACUGCCUUGAUUUAUUGUCUCUCAAUGAUGUGAAUGCAAGCAUGGAAGUUCUAGUCCAUCGUCAUCGAUGUCACAUUCUCUGUUGUGCUGGUCUAUCCAGCUCCGAUAAUCCUACUCAACAACUGCAACUCAUGAUCAAAGAUAUUCAGAGAAGAAUACCAAGAUUGGUGAAGAAACAACCUCACCAUCUCUGUCACCAACCAAAAAUCAAAGUUGGAAACACAAGACAUGCAAUGGCGGAAGCAGUAGCAGUGUUUGGAAGGGAUGAGGAUAAAGAGAUGCUGAUGCAACUUUUCGAUGACAGAAGAAUCUUCUCUCAUUUCCAUUGUUGGCAGAGGAGGUGUCGGUAAGACGACCCUUGCCCAUGUUGUUUAUUAUGAUCAGAAUGUUGCUAGUCAUUUUAAGCUUAGAAUGUGGGUUACUGCAUCUGAAAUCUAUGAUACGGAGAGGCUUUUGAAGUCCAUAGGAGUGUCUGCAGCUGGGUUUCCUUUGCGUGACAACCUUGAAAUGGAUCAAAUACUUGAUAUAUUGAAGGGUAGAUUAGCAGAAAACAGAUUCUUGCUUGUUCUUGAUGAUGUUCGCAAUGAAAAACUUGACUGGGAGGAGCUGUGCAAGAACUUGGAGUAUGGACUGAGUGGCAACAAGGUUAUCAUAACCACACAAAUAGAAGAGUUUGUGAGCAAGAAGAGAUUGCCAUCAUUCCUACAUCAUUUGAAGGGCCUGUCAUCUGAAGACUCUUGGUCUUUUUUUAGAGAAUCUUCAUGUCUUAAUCAGCUGUCAUCCAUUGAGAAUGUAGCAGAGUUGGAAGAAGUUGGCAUGGAGAUUGUGACCAAGUUGGAUGGGUUGCCACUUGCAAUUAGGAUGGUAGGAUGUCUACUGCACUCAAACAUUGAGCUUGAUGAAUGGAAGAUGAUCUUAAAUGCUGAUGUUUGGAAGUCUAACCCCAAUGAAUUAUUAUUGUAUGGUAUUCCUGCUGCCUUGUGGUUAAGUUAUCAGUAUCUGCCACCGCACAUCAAGCAAUGCCUCGCAUACUGCUCUGUGUUCCCUAGAGAUCAUAAGUUCGACAAGGAAAGCUUAGUCCAAAUGUGGGUGGCUCAGGGCCUUAUUCAAGCUGUCCAAGGGACAAGAAUGGAGGAUUUAGGAAGUGAGUAUUUUGACUAUCUGUUGCAGAUGUCCUUUUUGCAGAGAUUGAGUUCUGGAGAUAAAUCUGAUAUGUAUGAGCUGAUAUUUUAUUCAAGAACUGAAUUCAGUGUUGAUUAUGCUCAACCGAAGCCCUUGCACAGCUCUGAAGACAAGUACAUUAUGCAUAGCUCGAUUUAUGACUUAGCUGUGUUCAUUACUUUGAAUGAAUCCCUUUGCCUAUCAUCAGCCACGAUGCCCUGCAAUAGUAAUAAGAAAAAAAGAAGAACAAGAACAAGAACAAGAAGAAGGUGCGGCUUAACAAUACAGGCUGACAACCUGGACAUGGCUGAAAUUUCUGAUUCAAGCAUGCUGGAUAAUGUACGCACACUUCUUUUUUAUCGCACAACAAUAAGUUCUAAUUUUGAUUAUGAUGUUUUGUUCUCAAAGUUGAAAUGCAUCAGAGUGUUAUGUUUGAGUGACACAAGUUUAGAAGAUUUGCACAAAUCAAUUGGCAAUUUGAAACUACUCAGAUAUCUUGACCUUUCGAAGACAUCUGUUGCUGCAGUACCAGAAGAGCUGUGUAGCCUGUCCAAUUUGCAGACUUUGAAGCUGAGUGACGAACCUCCUUCUCUUCAAGAGAUGCCCCGUUGCAUAUCAAAUUUGAUCAACUUAAGGCACCUGAAAGCAGACAACUGUGGAGAGAUAUAUAAGCUCGGAAAGCUCACAUCCCUACAGGAGUUGAAGGAGUUCAUAGUCUCAAAUGAAGAUGGACACAAGAUAGAAGAGCUAAAGUACCUGACACAACUCCAUGGGGAACUUUGCAUUUCUCAACUUAAGAAUGUGCAUAGCGAGGAAGAAGCCAAGGAAGCCAAAUUGAGUGAGAAAGAGCAUCUCAUGAAGUUGGAGUUAAACUGGUCUUUGGAUUACUUUUCAUGGGAUGGACAUCCUGGACAUCCUAUAGAAUCAAAUGAUGCAGUCAUUGAAGGUCUUAAACCCCAUAUAAAUCUCAAAGAGCUCACUAUAAGGAGCAAUGGUGGAACUAAGCUUCCAACCUGGUUGAAAGAUGGAUCACUCUCAAACCUAGAAACUUUAGAGAUAUUUGAGUGUCGAAAUUGGGAACUUUUACUUAUUGGGCAGCUAAAGAUCUUAAAGACAUUUCGAGUUGAGGGAUUGCCUGUACUUCGGCAUGUCGGUCUAAAGAAUGAAGAUGAUGAUGCCCAACUGUUUCCUUGUCUUCAAAUACUAGACAUGAGUAGAUGCUCUAGCUUGAUUGGAAUAAUCCCACUCCCUCUAACACUCGAAGCAAUAAGGUUGAAUAUGGUGGGGCUGUUUACUCUUCCCAUUUUGCAGCAAAUCAAAAGUUCGACAUCUUAUUCAUCACUUGCAUCACUGCACAUCUCUUCUUGUGAAAGAUUGACCACACUGCAAGCGGGACUACUAGAACAUCAAUCACAGUGCUACUUGCAAGCUCUUCAUAACUUAGUUAUUCAAGACUGUGAUGAGCUUGUUUAUUUGCCAGAACAUGGUUUCUCUGCUCUUAUGUCAUUGAAGACCUUGCGCAUUGGAAAUUGCCCAAAACUCAGAUACAAGCCAAGUAAAAAUGACAGUGCUACUCUUCCUUCAUCUCUCAUUGAUUUCAAAGUCAUUAAAUCGGCAGCUCUGAUCAAUGAUUUAUUCUUCAUGAGUAUGACAAACCUUCAUUCUCUAACAUCGAUGGUGAUCAAAGGCAUGCCAGACAGAGAGGAAGAUCAACUUCCCAAACACCCUGUAUUGACAUCACUCCCCUGGGAACUGCUGCAACACUUGAAGUCACUAAAGCAGUUAGAAAUUGUGGACUGUGAAUGGUUAGUAAAUCUUGGACUUCAAGCUCUUGUGUCGCUCAAAUCUUUGAAGAUCACUGGCUGCCUGAAUUUGAUUGCAUGUUCAUCAUCCUCUGAUAGUGCUCCAAUGGUUCUUGAAUUUUUGGAGAUUGACAACAGCUCACUGAAGAUGAUGAGCUUAGAGCUGCUAAGCAGGCUCACCUCACUGCAUGAACUGAAAUUCAUGAAUUGCGAAGAUCUAGUAAUGUUUCCGAAAGAGAUGGAGUGUUUAAAUUGCCUCACUUCCCUCAAGCGGCUGUAUAUUCAUAACUGCGAUGAGCUUCUGUCUCUGCCUCAUGACCUUGCACUCAUUCCUUCACUUGAGGAGUUAUUUAUAACUGAAUGCAGUAGUAUUCAGUCCAUGCCGGAUAUGGGUCUGCCGGCCUCCCUGAUGAUACUGGUUAUCAAAGAUUGCCGCCGUUUGAAGCAGAGAUGCAAAAAGGAAGGUGAAGAUUGGCCCAAGAUCUCUCAUAUCUUCUACAUUGAAGUUGAUGGACGGAAUGUUAAGGAUGAGACAUUAUCUGAGACAGCUUCCGCUGAUGAGUACCUUUCUGAAUCUGCUCUAUUAGAUUGGGAUGCCAGUUUCUAAUUGUAAACUACACUUGUUAAAUGUUCAAACUAUGAUUUCACUUUAAGUAAAAAAAUAAAGAAAAGCAUGAUCAGAGUGUUAUACUAAGGCCUGCAUUGGUUCUAAGCUUUCACUUUUGUUUUUUUUUUUUUCAUUGGUAUGUCUUUUUUUUUUGUUCUUAGAUUGAUUUGG